CCAUUCUAACACUUCAUUCUCUUUCCCUGUCCAGCUGAUAAGUGAAAAUGAACUUCAGAACAUGGAAAGAGAAGUAGUCCUCAUAGAGCAACUUCACAGGUUCACCUUAGAGGAAAUCAAAAAGAGCCAGGCUGUCCUUGUGGACUACGAGAAAAUAACUGGUUUGACCCGUGGCCAUAUGGCAGCCUGUGGCCAUAUGGAUAGUAAAGAGAACAAGACAGCUACCUUCACCCUGACCAACAUAGUGCCCCAGGACGAAAACCUCAACAAUGACAAGUGGAGCAAAUACGAGUCUAAAACGAUGCCCCAAAUGAGCCAGGGCUGUACAACCACGUACGUCAUCACGGGAGCUGUGCCUGGGAACACCUACAUUGCCGGUGGAAGGGUUAAUGUACCCAGCCACAUCUGGUCAGCUGGCUGCUGCCUGGUGGGAACACAGCCCUCCAAGACUUGGGCGGUCAUUGCUGAGAACAACAAGAACAGGUUGAAGAAAGUCAGUCUGGGGGACCUGGAGAACAUGUUGGCCACACUCUACAAGGGGAGAAGUGUUACUCUGUUCAACAAUGCCUGUCCCCGGCAGUAAGCCUCACAUGCUUGAUGGAAAAGGCUCAGUGGCUUUUCCCACAUGUCACAGAAUCAGAGAAUGACAGAAUCACAGAAUCACUGAAUGGGUUGAUUUUGAUGGGACCUUAAAGCUUUGAAUAGCAUCUCAUUCUGACCUGCCUGCCAUGGCCAGGGACACCUUCCACUACACCAGGUUGUUCCAAGCCCUCCCCAGCCUGGCCUUGAAUGCUUCCAGGGAUGGGGCAAUCAAAAUAUCACUGGGUAACUUUUACUCCUACCACAGCCUGCUCACAGUGAUUUGCUUCUUUAUAAUAUCCCAUCUAACCCUGCCCUCCAUCAGUGUGAAACCAUUCCCUCUUGUCCUGUCACUCCAUGCCCUUGUCCAAAGACCCUCUCCAGCCCUCUUAGAGACCCUUUAGGUACUGCACUCUUGGGACUCUUCUCCAGGCUGAACAUCCCCAGCUCUCUCACCCUCUCUCCAGAGCAGACACGCCCCCAGUCAUCGGAGCACCUGCAUGACCCCCACUGGACUCCACUGCAAGAGCUCCAUAUCCUUCUUGUGCUGUGGGCCCAGAGCUGGAGGCAGCACUGCAGGUGGGGUCUCAGCAGAGCAGAGUAGAGGGGGACAAAUGUUCUGUGCAGCGUCUGUGCUGCUUCAUUCUCUGGUGUGUUUCCAGUUCUGUCCCUCAGGGCAUCUCCUCCUCUGCUCAAAGGCACAAAGAUGUGGGCAGAGCUUCCAACUGCUUUGCUCUGCUGCCCAUCUCAGGACAGAGCUCUCAGGAACGACUCCUCUCCCCCUUAGCUGUCCACGAGAGUGUGCAGCUGACUUGUCCCUCACCUCCUUAGCAAGGCUGUGUGACCAGGGCACCUCAGGCUGCCCAGAGAUCUUGUCUGGAGAUCUCCAUGUCUCACAAUACUCAAACCUCAACAAUACAUGGUCCUGACAACCUGCUCUAGCUGAUCCUGCUUGAGCCUGGAGUCUGGACUAGAAGAUCUGGAGAAGUCCCUCCAAACCCCAACAAUUCAGUGAUGAUGUGAUCCUGGGACAUGCUUUUGUUUGCUUGCUUUUGAAAGUGUGCCUUGAGAGCAGCAGCUGUUGUAUCAGACAGGCAGGCUUUGGCAUCAGAUACA